AUGAAAUGUAGAAAAACUAGAAGUCCUGAAAAUUUAUGGCCAAAAAUGUAUAAUAAUUGUCAUUGUAUAUCUGGAAAAAAGAUGCGUUGUCCUGUUAGAUUAAGUGUUUUGAUGUUUAGAAAUUUAAAAGGAAAAAUUAUAAUACAAAAAGCUGUUGUUGAUAAAUGUGGAAAAUUAAAAGCAAAUCAAACAAUUUUUAAACAAAAAGAAAAGGAGUUUUUAUUGUUAAAAAAUAACGAAUAUAGAAAAAAGAAUUAUAACAAAUUAUCAAGUAGUUGGAUGAAUAAUAUUCACAAUGGAUUGCGUAAAAUGUUUGAUAAUCAUAUAUAUUUGCGUUUUGGUCGUUAA